UUGGAGAAGAGGGGGGAUCAAGGGCAGAGGAGGAGUGUGGGUGGGAUGUAGAUUACAGUGGUGCCUUAUUAAUUUUCCAGCCUGUGAGCUGAGUGAGCAAACAGUGAAGUGCAGUGGCCAGCCGCCCACGGCAGCCUUGUCCAGAGAGAGCCGGGGUGAUCUGCGGGUCGCGAUCUACUGCAGGCAUGGGAGGACCUGCGGCUGCAUUUCCCUAAGAUUUUUUAGUGCCAUGCCACCAUUCCUCCCACCCGCUGUGGAAGAGCCGCCCGGAAACGACCACCUCACCAUGCUGCCCCUCCCCUCGCAGCUGGUCCUGGCCGUCUACAUCGUCACCUUCGUGACGGGCCUGCCCGCCAACAUCCUGGCCUUCUACACCUUCAGUGUGAAGGUGAGGCAGAAGCCCACGCCCAUCGACAUCCUCCUCCUCAACCUGACAGUGUCCGACCUCAUCUUCCUCAUCUUCCUGCCCUUCAAGAUAAAGGAGGCGGCGGACGGACUUAAGUGGUACAUGCCAGACUUCCUGUGUCCACUCUCCGGUUUUAUCUUCUACACCACCAUCUACAACAGCACCUUCUUCCUCACGGCCGUCAGCGUGGAGCGCUACCUGGGCGUGGCGUUUCCCAUCCAGCACAAACUGAACCGCCGGCCGCUCUACGCCGUGCUGGCCAGCAUCUUCUUCUGGGUCUUCUCGCUGCUGCAGCUCAGCAUCGUUUACAUCAUGCCCUACUACAACCCUGAGGGUGACAGCUUCAGGACACCGAUUCCCCAGAACGCCUGCUAUGAGGAAUUCACCGACGAGCAGCUCAAGAUCCUGCUGCCCGUGCGUCUGGAGCUGUGUCUGGUCCUCUUCUGCAUCCCCUUCAUCAUCUGCAGCUACUGCUACAUCAACUUCAUCCGCAUCUUGUGCAGGCUGCCCCACAUCAGCAGCCGGAGGCGGCAGCGCGCCAUCGGCUUGGCGCUGGUGACGCUACUGGUCUUCGCUCUCUGUUUCGGCCCCUACAACGCUUCCCAUGUGGUGGGCUUCACCACCGGAACAAGUCCCCAUUGGAGAUACAUCACCCUCCUCUUCAGCACCUUCAACGCCUGUCUGGACCCCAUCAUCUUCUACUUCUCCUCCUCGGCGGUGAGGAGCACGCUCCGUGACCUACUGCCGGGGCUUGUGAGCAGGCUGCGUCUCUCUGACUGCCCGAGCUCCCCAUGCGCUCACUGCUGCCCCCUGUUGAAGCGAUCUGAGACUAACAAGGACCUGGGCCAGAGCUCUGUGGUGGCCAAUUCCCUCUGACGGGCUGCAUCAUGGGCUGAGUUAUGACAUGUAUUGGUGUUAGCGUACAUGUGCACAGUAUCUAUACCCGUAUUUUUCCAUUACGCUUUGUUUGAUUUUAUUAACAGGAUAGCUAUGGGACCCCCGCAUGAUUUGCUGAUUGCUACACGUGUACACAUGUACAGAAUCCACACAACUGUACACAAGAUUACAUCCAAUUUCGCUUUGAGGAGAAAAGCAAACAGAACAGUCCACCAUGAGGCAGCUGUGAGAGAUUGCCCAGUGGGACGGCCACAAUAAAACAGGGCGUGUAGCAUGUGAUACUCUCCUGUGCAGGAAACACAGCAGCGGCAUAUGCACUGAUAGGGCUUUGGUCUGCGCAGUGCAGUGAUAAUGACCUGCAUCUCGCUGCAAUAAACCACUCGAAUGAAUGCACUCUUUCAACUCUCCUCUUAUGCUCACUCGAUAGCAGAGCAGCGUCGCUUGUGUAAACAGUAAACGGGAAAUAAUAUUUAUCUUAAUUCAUUAUAUUAAUUUGUGCCUGAAGAGACGGUGCCUGGGGGGUGAUUUCACCAUCAUUGGGUUAAAGGUUUAUUUAUCUGAUCAUCUGAGAACAGCUGGAGGAAACGUACAGAUACUUACAGUCCAAAUAUCAUGCUGGUGAAAUGUGUUGUGACAUGGCAACUCGCUCGACCGCUGAUAUAACCUCCAGAUGUUGACAUCGUAGUGGCAUGGCUCGUGGAUUACUGAGGAAGCCAAAGCUCUGGUGGACAGGGGACAGUGAGCGGUUACCGCACCAUGUGGACGUGACCGUCCCUUUAAGGGCAGGUCAUUUAAAGGGCACAUCAGCUGAGGAACUGAAAGACAGAGUACACGUCUGGUCAUUAAGUGCGACUGGAAAACAUCAUAAAAACAGAAACGUUUAAUUUACACAUUAGUCAUGCAUUCGAGCAGAAAAUCUAAUUAAAUGGAUUUAAGCAGCACAUCGAAACAGACUGAAAGUACAAUGUGUGAAACCAGACAGUUGAAAAAUCCUAUUUCAUGCUCUACCUUGGGUUUGGUCACAGAUCAGGUCAUACUUUGAGGGACUCGCACACUAGAGCUGGUUUUAUGGGAAGCAUUUCAUCCACCAAACAUGCCUUUGAAGCCUGAUGCAGACCUGAGGGUGGCGUAACAGCCACCUGCUUCCCUACAAACGGUUUGAGUGAUGACAUUCAGCUGACCCUGAUUACACUGAUCCCAGGUCAGGAUUUAAAUAAGGUCAGCUGAAAGGAUGUGGGAGAUUUGAAUCAUCUGACCAGGGUUGGUUGAUUGGUUGGUGUGUUUUGUGUUUUUUUCUUUGUGUUUUAUCUUUCUUUGUGGUAUUUGGCUAAAGGGGCUAAGACUCCAUUUUAUGUUUGUGUCAGGUUAAUAAAGUAAUUUACUUUGGUCGAAA